GGCAGAGGCACAGAGUUUAAGCUUGCACGUCGUCGCGCUCAUUGCAGGCGCGACUCGUUUUAGCAGCACAGAUCACUCGGCGCAACCAGCUCGCGUGAAGGCCGCUGCGGCAACCGUGUACUGAACGCUCUCCGAGAGUGCUCAGCCUCGCUGCCUAGCAACGCGGCGCAGGAUCGUUGCACCACCGCACCGCUCGAAGGAAGCACCAUCAUGGCACCCGCCGCCGCCACCGACGAAGAGAAAGCCAAGAAAGCCGCGGAAAAGGCCCGCCGCAAGGCCGAGUUCGAGGCGAAGCGCGCCAAGGAGGGCAAUCCGCCGAAGAAAAAACAACUUUCCAAAGCUGAGAGAAGAGAACUCCAGGAGAAGCAGCGCGCGGACAAGGAGGCCAAGAAGAACCCCAAGCCCAAAGCUGACAAGCCGCCGCCGCCGCCCGUCGAACGACCGACGACGAUCCUCGGCCACCUGACGAAGGCGACUUCCUCGACGCCACCGGCGGACGGCGUGCCGGCAUCUAUCGUGGAAUUAGGUCAGAAAUAUGCUGCCGGCGAAUUUGAUGGUUCGAAUGAUAGAUGUCGAAGCCUGCUCGACGCCGUCCGGACGAGCAUCAAGGACUACGCGCCGCCUCCGGACGCCGCGGCGGCGCGCGAUUUGGACGUGAAGCUCAAAUCAUGGGCUUCAUACUUAGAAAAGUGCCGCGAGCCGACGGCGUCGACGCUCGCGGCUCUGAAACGUUUAAGGUUGGUAGCAUCAACACUGCCGCCGGACAUCUCGCCAUCGGAAGCGCAGGCGGCCGUGGAGACUUGUUGUGACCGGUUUAGGGAGGAGCGCGUGGAAUUAGCUGUAAGAGAGAUCGGGCGGCGGGGCGCCCAAAAGAUUCGAGAUGGAGACGUGGUCGUGGCCUACGGCUAUGCGGACGCCGUCGAGGCCCUGUUCUCCGAAGCGGUUGGGCGAAACUUCGAGGUCGUCGUCGUCGAUUCAGCACCAGCAUUCGCCGGUAGAAGGUUGCUGAACGCCCUCUACGCGAAACGCGUGCGCACGACCUACGUGCGACUCACGGCGGCGGCCCCAGAAAUCGAACGGGCGACGCUCGUCGUGUUGGGUGCGGACGCGGUGUUUAGUAAUGGCUCCAUACUGGCCCGGUCGGGCGCCUUCGCCGUCGCGGCGCUGGCGCAACGGCGGCACGUGCCCGUGCUCGUGACGUGCGAGGCCUACAAGUGCCACGACCGCGUGCGCUUGGAUGCGGCGGACGCGAACGAGCUCUUCGAGUUUCCUUCUUCGGAUGAUACGCCGCCCCUCACGCACCUGACCUACGACGUGACUCCCGCCUCAUAUGUGUCGGCGGUCGCGACGGAGCACGGGCUCCUGCCGCCCAGCGCUGUUGCUGCUUUAAUUCGCGAGCUCGCGGAAAAGGAGACCGCCUAAGUAGUA